GUGCGUGAAUUAGUAAAACCCAAUAACGUGACUAUGACCGGAUAUAUAUAUAAUGACGGAAGUUAGGAGAUUGUAAACAAAAGUUCAAACAUCGGACCAUCAUUGACAGUUGAGCAAUACCAGCACUCUUUGACAGUAAUAAAAAUGGCAGCAAAGUAUCCUACAAGCGGACAGCAACAGCCCCCUCCAUACCCUGGGGCCCCUCCUCCCUACCAGUACCCACAGGCUGGGGCGACAGUGAUAAUACAACAGCAACCACUUCCACCAAAUGCCAGAAUAGUAGUACAACAACGCCCACCACCAACAAACCAUGGUUUGCUAGGAUCAUUGACAAAGGAUCUGAACAAGUUUGGUCGCUCCGUUCAAAAAGAAUUAGACUCAGCAGGAAAUAUGAUUAGAUCUGAAUAUAACCAAGUCAACUAUGGACCUGUUCUUCAAAACUUUGUGACGGGUAACCAGAUACAGUUGGUGUCUAAAGCUAGUGGACGUGCCCUACAGAUUGUCCAGUCUCCCUCUGGUCAGCUUGUCAUUGAUGGCAUGGGGAUUGUUGGACCACAGGCCUUCAAUGCUGUGUGGACCGUGAUAAAUGAAGGAAACAAUCAAGUCCGCCUUCACAACAACUUCAAUUACCUGGGGAUAGUGAAUGGGCAGACCAUUCUUAUACACAUGCCCAAGGGAGCCCAUCUUGGGGUAGAAACAAAGUUUCAGAUGGUGUUAAAAGGAGAGAAUUUUGUGUGUCUUGAGUCCCCUAAAGAGAGGGGGAAGUGUGUCGGGAUCCUAGGGGAUGGGACACUGAAGCCAGCUUUGGCCUGCUCUUCCUCAGAUGAACACGCUAAGUUUGGAGUCUGUCUGACAAGUACUCCAUAUUCGCAAUAUCCUACACAAAAGUAAGCUGUUCUGGCACGGAGGAACUAGGCAGAUUGUGUGCACGCUUGUGAUUUCAUUCUUGUAGUCUGCACAGUUUCUGGAGAGAACUAAAUUUCACAAUUAUUAAAAAAAACCCAGCCAAAUGAUAUGUGCAAAUACACAUGUAUACAAUUAUUAGGGAUUCUGUUAAAAAGUAAAAUACUUGAAAAUUCCUGAGAAAAAACUCUUUGUGGAAACAUCUUAGUUACUGUGUAUUCUAAGAGUACAAUGUACUUGGAACAAACAUAAACGAUUUUUUUAACCUUUACGGUACGUACGGGCCUUCAUAAAAAAUAAUUAUACCCUAAAUAAAUAUUAUUAGAUAUAUUAUCAGUGUUUGGAAAUAUUUAAAAAAAAUAUUUCUCAGAAACUUUAUGGAUAAUGAGCAUCUUAUUCAUGUAGUGUAUGAGGUGCCAGGGGAAUUGUGUAUCUAAUGUUGUCUUUUUCUGAACAUAACCAUUCUUCCUCCAACUUCUUGUUUUUAAUAUUUAUUUUUAUGCCCUCAUGAUGGAAGAUUCGGGAGCAUAUAGUUUUUGGUUUGUUUGUUUUUAGUUAGUCCGCAAAAACUAUAACCUUGGUCAUAACUUAUGAAUGGAUGGUGAUAGGGCUUUCAUAUACCUUGUGACAAGAACUUUCUUUUCGUACCAAAAUUUUUAAGUUGUGACUUUCGCCUUGGGGCGUGACCUACCUUUGAAAAACUUUUACAUUGGUCAUACUUUUGACUGGUUGGUGAUAUACAUGUAGCUUUCAUAUUUCACAUAUGUAUUCCUUUUAACAAAACCUUUCUUUAGGUAGCAAAAAUUUUGACUCCUAAUCCUUGGUCAUAUGGGGGCAUUGGUGUUUUACAAACACAUCUUGUUUUUUUCCCCUCAUGUUUAUUAUUAUUCACCAUUUUUUGUCACUUCUCUUUCCUACCCUUUUCUUGCACGUCAUAUUUUUCAUUCUGUGUAGUAUGAAAACUCAAUUUAAUCGUUUUUAGUAUGUUGGUCAAAUGUUUUAAUACCCAUGUCGACAUUGUAAUGUACAGAUGUAUUGUCGGUGGUAAAUCUACAUUGUUUCAUUGUAUAUUUCUUGCUGAAAACUCUUACUUUAAAGAAACAAGUUAAAUUACAUGUAUAGGAAAUAAAUGUUUACGUUGUGUGUAUUACAAGGAAUGGAAAAUGCGCACACGCACAUACAGUGGAAGCUUGGAGUAAUUUUUGUUUAUCCGGCUUUUCCGAUUAUACAAAUUACCCCCAUGGUUUCCACACACCGCAUAGUACAAAAAUUUGACUUUAUAUUUCUCAAAUAUUGUUAAAACGUUAUUUGUUUAUCACAUUGUAUAAUUUUGUGCCAUAGGGAAUUUGUUGUCCUUUAGAAUUAACAAUUGCACAUGUUUUUCCUUAAUGUCUCUUGAAAUGAAUAUUGGUUUUCGUUAGUGAUACAGAAUGCAUUUUGUUAAUUUUGCUGUGUUAAUACAAUGUACUUUGUUUUCUUAAGAAUGUAUUCAGCAUUGUACCAAUAAACUGCAUAAUAUACACAACA